AUGCCACAGACCACGCCACAGACCACGCCACAGACCACACCACAGACCACGCCACAGACCACACCACAGACCACGCCACAGAUCAUGCCACAGACCACGCCACAGACCACGCCACAGACCACGCCACAGACCACACCACAGACCACGCCACAGACCACACCACAGACCACGCCACAGAUCAUGCCACAGACCACGCCUCAGACCACGCCACAGAUCAUGCCACAGACCACGCCACAGACCACGCCACAGAUCAUGCCACAGACCACGCCACAGACCACACCACAGACCACGCCACAGAUCAUGCCACAGACCACGCCACAGACCACGCCACAGACCACGCCACAGACCACGCCACAGAUCAUGCCACAGACCACGCCACAGACCACGCCACAGAUCAUGCCACAGACCACGCCACAGACCACACCACAGACCACGCCACAGACCACGCCACAGACCACGCCACAGACCACGCCACAGACCACGCCACAGACCACGCCACAGACCAUGCCACAGACCACGCCACAGAUCAUGCCACAGACCACGCCACAGACCACGCCACAGACCACGCCACAGACCACGCCACAGACCACGCCACAGACCACGCCACAGACCACGCCACAGACCAAGCCACAGACCACGCCACAGACCACGCCACAGAUCAUGCCACAGACCACGCCACAGACCAAGCCACAGACCACGCCACAGAUCAUGCCACAGACCAUGCCACAGACCAUGCCACAGACCAAGCCACAGACCACGCCACAGAUCAUGCCACAGACCAGGCCACAGACCAAGCCACAGACCACGCCACAGAUCAUGCCACAGACCAUGCCACAGACCAUGCCACAGACCAAGCCACAGACCACGCCACAGAUCAUGCCACAGACCAUGCCACAGACCAGGCCACAGACCACGCCACAGAUCAUGCCACAGAUCAUGCCACAGACCAAGCCACAGACCACGCCACAGACUAGGCCACAGACCAAGCCACAGACAUAA